AUGACUACCGCCCUUACUGUGUAGUAAACGAAACCCUUUUCCAGGAGACCUGGCGUACUGUAGCUACCUACCCCUGUAACCUUGUACCGGAAUUUAUGAACGCCGCGUCCACUCUCAAAAAGUAGAUACGCGAUGUUCACCACCGCCAACCCCAACAACACUUGAACCCGGCCACUCUCUCGAACCCCACAUGGUUGCUGUCGCAAACCAUUUCGUCCAACUCAACAAUCGCACAUAGACAUUCACAGAAAACCUCCUCAUCUCAACCUUCAUCCGAGCAUUCUAGGGAUCCUCCCCAACACAACCAUGACUGAUACACUACAUAACGCGCCCAUAGUCCUAGACAAUGGCUCUGGCACCAUCCGAGCUGGGUUCGCAGGCGACGAUCUGCCCAAGUGUUAUUUCCCUUCCUUCGUCGGUCGACCGAAGCAUUUACGAGUAUUGGCGGGCGCAUUAGAGGGAGAUGUGUUUAUUGGGGAUAGGGCACAAGAGUUGAGGGGAUUACUGAAGAUUCGAUAUCCACUUGAGCAUGGAAUUGUCACGGAUUGGGAUGACAUGGAGAAGAUUUGGGAGUAUGUUUACAGCGAAGGGCUCAAGACAUUAAGUGAGGAGGUCAGUUUAGUUCUUGAUUCUAUGGUUAUGCUGGGGGAAUCGGCCAGCUCAUACCUACCUUGGGAAAGAGGCACUUUUGAUCGUAGCUAAUAAAAUUCUACAGCAUCCAGUAUUAUUGACAGAACCACCUCUCAAUCCGAGGAGCAAUCGAGAUACCGCCGCACAAAUCCUCUUCGAGACGUUCAACGUACCUGCCCUAUAUACCUCAAUUCAAGCUGUGCUAUCUCUGUAUGCUUCCGGUCGAACCACAGGAAUUGUACUAGACGCUGGAGAUGGAGUAUCACACGCAGUACCUGUAUACGAGGGAUUCGCAAUGCCAAGUUCAAUACGAAGAAUAGAUGUUGCAGGACGAGACGUAACAGAACACAUGCAAACACUAUUACGAAAAGCCGGAUAUGUAUUCCAUACGAGUGCAGAGAAGGAAGUUGUGCGAAUAAUCAAGGAGAAAGUCAGUUAUGUUGCGGCCGAUCCAAAGAGAGAAGAAAAGGAAUGGGUGAGUGCAAAACUUGGGGAUGGAAAGAUUGUGGAAUACGCUCUGCCAGAUGGACACAAGAUCAAGGUAUGCUGCCCCUCCUUUGACAAUAUUAGUAAACAUCCUAAUUCAGAUCAGAUUGGAGCAGAAAGAUUCCGUGCGCCCGAAAUUCUCUUUGAUCCAGAAAUCAUUGGUCUUGAGUAUCCUGGCAUUCAUCAAAUCGUGGUCGAUGCAAUUAAUCGAACGGAUCUCGAUUUGCGAAAGUCGCUAUUUGGCAACAUCGUUCUUUCUGGCGGAAGUACCCUGACCAAAGGUUUUGGUGACAGAUUAUUACAUGAAGUACAAAGAUUGGCUGUGAAGGAUAUGAGAAUCAAGAUCUUUGCCCCACCAGAGAGAAAAUACUCUACUUGGAUUGGCGGUAGUAUUUUAGCUGGAUUGAGUACAUUUAGAAAGGUAAGUUACACUUCGUUUGGUCGCCUGUUCAUAAAACUAAUUGUUCUAAAGAUGUGGGUAAGCAUGGAUGACUGGCAUGAGAACCCAGACAUAAUCCACACAAAAUUCACAUAAUCAACCUGGAAAUACAAUUAUUUGCUUUCCAGGUGGCCCUUGCCGACAGGAGGAGAAACAACUAAUAGUCAUCUCUUCCCUAAGAUGAUCUCCAGCAAUGCUUAGCAUGUAUCAAUUCAACGACGUCAACGAUAAACUUUCCAUUUUACUGCACAAGCCAUCCACUGCGAUGCAUACAAUCUCAACUCUAUUCGCUGUCUUUUAUAAGGUACGUUCGGCGUUGAACUAUGCCUGAAAAUACCGCGAGUCCUCAAGCGGAGUAUUUGAGGUCUUUAGGGGUUGGGGUUACGACUGGGAGGGAAGAGCUCGGCAUUGGUCUGGUAACCAGGUAUUCUGGCAUUGGGAAGGGAGAGUCAUACUCCUGACUUGAACUAUGUGUGAAGAUUACGUCUUAUGUUGGCGCAUGCAAUGCAGAGAGGGGAGCAUAAACUUAAUCAAUGAUACCCAUUUCCGCGAAUGCAGUUCCUGAUGAAGAAUAGCUAUUAAGGCAACACAGUGACUCGAUAUAUGUUUCACAUUCUGAUUUUUGGCUCUAAGAAGAGGCUAGACCUUACCUUUGGGAGACCAUGGGUAGCAGAAUAAGCCCUCAGGAAACAUGUUGGGCAGUGAAUAUCCUGCCCUAAGGUAGUCCACCGAAACUUAGGCCUGGCCCAUCAGCAUGGUAUGUCCGAGUUUGAUUUCGGGGGUUCAUUAAAU